GGAGAGAGCGCUACCUUCGACCUCAUCAAGCUGCUCUUUUUGACCGAACGAAACAAGGAAGGAAAAGUCUCUCUCUUUCCCAUCCUUUUAACUCCCUUUCUCUCUCUAGCUUUCCCUCUCAUAGUCCGGACGUGUGUGGUUAUAUCAUAACGGAGUCAAGUUCUGUUCUUUUUCUCUGCGCAAACCCAAUUCUAAGCUCUUGUUUCUUUUUCAAGGUAUCAAGAAAAGAGCUUUCCAUGUGUAGUGGUUCCAAGAGGAAACUCUGCCCAACUGAAUCAAUCAUGGUGGGGGAUAUAUUUCAAAAGCAAGAGGGGGGUUUUGAUAAUUUUUCAAUUUUGCUCGAAAUAACGGCCUUGGAUGAUCUGAUUGGGUUUAAAACUAAGGUGGAAGUGGAGGGUCAUGAUGUUGAUGAGUCAGGCUUAUGGUAUGGUAGGAGAAUUGGUUCAAAGAAGAUGGGAUUUGAAGAGAGGACACCUCUCAUGAUUGCUGCCAUGUUUGGUUGCAAAAAAGUUUUGAGUCACAUACUAGAAACCGGUCGUGUGGAUGUUAACAGGGCUUGUGGUUCGGAUGGGGCCACUGCCCUCCACUGUGCCGUUGCUGGUGGAUCCGUUUCUUCACCAGAUACUGUCAAGCUCUUGCUUGAUGCUUCUGCCGAUACGAAUUCUGUUGAUGCUAAUGGGAACCGGCCUGCUGACCUGAUUGCUCUUACUUUUUGUUCAUUUCAUUCAACAAGGAAGAGUCUGGAGCUCCUGCUAAAAGGAAGGAGUGAUUUUGGAGAAGCAAGCGACUCGACUGACCAGUUUAUUGAUCAUAAGGAAGAUCAACAUGAUCAACAGAUUUCAACAUCUCCGGUCUCAAAAAGUGGGACUGAGAAGAAAGAGUAUCCUGUGGAUCUCUCUCUUCCAGACAUAAAGAAUGGGAUAUAUGGGACAGAUGAGUUUAGAAUGUAUAUGUUCAAGGUGAAGCCUUGCUCAAGGGCCUACUCUCAUGACUGGACAGAAUGUCCCUUUGUCCACCCGGGGGAAAAUGCAAGAAGGCGUGAUCCACGUAAAUACCAUUAUAGCUGUGUCCCCUGCCCAGAAUUCCGAAAGGGGGCUUGCCGGCAGGGUGAUGCCUGUGAGUAUGCACAUGGAAUUUUUGAGUGCUGGCUUCAUCCUGCCCAGUAUAAGACCCGUCUAUGCAAGGAUGAGACAGGCUGCGCCAGAAAGGUGUGUUUCUUUGCUCACAAGCCGGAAGAACUUCGCCCUUUGUAUGCUUCAACAGGGUCGGCAGUUCCUUCUCCUAGAUCAUUCUCAAACAGUUCUUCACUCGAUAUUGCAUCCAUAAGCCCACUAGUCCUCGGUUCUCCAUCUUCUCUGAUGACUCCCACUUCAACACCCCCCAUGACUCCCUCAGGAGCUUCUUCUCCAAUGGGUGCUUCCAUGUGGCGGAACCAGGCUGACAUCGGGCCCCCUACCCUGCAGCUUCAGGGUAGCAGGUUGAAAACUGCUUUAAAUGCUAGGGAUAUUAAUUUAGAUGCUGAAUUACUUGGGCUUGAAAGUCAUCGUUUCCGGCAGCAGCAGUUGAUGGACGAGAUGUCAAGUCUUUCCUACCGGACGAGCUGGGAUAAUACCUUGGCCUCCGCUGCGGGUUUUGCUGGCACCUCUGGUGACCGAAGCGGGGAAUUGAAUAGGCUUGGUGCUGUAAAGCCUACUAACCUUGAUGAUAUUUUUGGAUCCAUGGAUCCUGCAAUUUUGCGUCACUUACAGGGACUUUCGCUGGAUUCCACUGCAGCACAGGUGCAGUCUCCAAUUGGGAUGCAGAUGCACCAGAACAUGAACCAGCAGCUCCGCUCGAGCUACCCUGCCGGUCUCUCCUCCUCUCCUGUGAGGUCAUCACCGUCAUUGGGAAUGGAUCCAUCCGGGGCAGCAGCUGCAGCAGUUUUGAAUUCAAGGUCAGCUGCCUUUGCAAAGCGGAGCCAGAGCUUCAUUGAUCGGAGCUCUGUGAACUCUUAUUCCGGGCUUUCUUCACCCGCUGCUUCUGCAAAUGUAGUUCCUUCUUCACUUUCGGGUUGGGGCUCCCCUGAUGGCAAAUUGGACUGGGGUAUCCAGAAAGAAGAGAUUAACAAAUUGAGAAAAUCUGCGUCUUUUGGGUUCCGAAGCAGUGGCAGUAGUUUUCCUGCACGUGCUUCCUCGAUGAUGGCCAAUGUUGAGGAGCCAGAUGCGCCUUGGGUUCAGUCCGGGGUAAAAGAUGCAGAACAUGAACAUUCCGGGCCAUCUAAUUUUGAAGAGGAGCAGCAUCAGCAGUGUCAUUUGAACAGUGGAGGUACGGAGAUGAUCCCACCAUGGGUGGAACAAUUGUACAUGGAGCAGGAGCAGAUGGUUGCUUAAAAGCAAUGUUAGCCCCACAUUGGCUCCUUGUUUAACCUUUUAACAAGUUCUUUUUGCCAUUUUUUGAAUUUUUAUUCGUAUCACCAUAUAAAGUAGGUGGAAGAAAAUGGAGAAAAGUGAAGAGAGAACAUACUCGAAUGGAGAUUACAAGGAAGUUGGGCCGGAUGAAAUGAUUCUGCUCAUACCAUUAUUAGGCUCUUUAAAUUAAUAAAAUUCAUUUCUUAUCUUAUCUUAUUAUUGCCCUGUACUACAAGCUGUGAAAUGUUUGAUUACUUAAUUAUGUUUUCUAUAUUAAUGUGAAGGUAUUUUAUCUUCUGAUCAAUGAUAUAUUGUAUUUUCUCGUGUUUGAAAA